AUGUGGAGUUGUAUUUUAAUUUAUCUAUUGUCUAUAUAUGCUAGAGAUACAUCUGCAAAUCAUGUUAUUCCAAAUGGACAUCGUCAGAAAGUUAUAGAAGCUCUUAUAAAUGAAUCCCUUAGAUCCCAUCAAGUUACCGCAUGUGACGGUGAAAAGGUAACUUUGCACUGUCCAAGGAAUACUCAUAUUAUGGUGGAAGCUGGGUUCUAUGGUAGAGUGGUGCCAGAAUCUCAGUUAUGCCCCAGCAGAAUUGCAGAUAAGAAAAGUGUUGGAUAUGAUUCUAGCUGUGAUGUAAUUCAAGCUCAUUCGAAACUCUCAGAGAUUUGUGACAAAAAGCGAAAGUGUAAUGUAUAUGUGGACACGACAACCUUCGAAGAUGACCCUUGUCCAUCAACAUCGAAAUACCUACAAAUGAGUUACAAAUGCAGACCUAUUUCGUAUGACAGUGAGUCGUUUUGUUCUGACACAGAGAUGCAUCUGGAAUGCCGAGAAGGUCGUCGGUUAGCUAUUUAUUCAGCUACAUAUGGAAGACAAGCAAAUUCGGACAAUAGUCAUUGUUCUACUAAAUCGUCUCGUGUUCCACAAAAAGAAUGUUUGACUGAUGUUCUUCCUUCUGUUAUCGGUUCUUGUCAUGCGCAAGAAAGCUGUACUUUACACGUAUCAGACGAAAAGUUCAAGAAUCCAUGCCCGAAAGAUGUUUCUGCUCAAUUGAAUAUUUUAUUCAUGUGCUUGAAUGAAGAGAUCUUCAGUGAGGAUGCUAUAAAUGGAGAGCUACAAUCACUUCUAGAGUAUAAGAAGUAUUUCACUGAGGGGUCUGGAAAUUUGGAAAUGGAUAAGGGAAUAGACGAAGAAGAAGAGGAAGUUGAAGGUGACAGUGAUGUUGAGGAAUGGGAGAACGAAAAAGAAGAUUUCAAUCAGCUUGUGAAGGAGGAUGUUCCUGACAUCAUUGAGGAAGUCACAUCAGAUAGUGUGCUUGAAGUUCUUGAGAAAAAGGUUCCUGAAAUGAACAAUGACGCUGAAUACGAUUCUGUCAAAACCAGAAAUGUAGUAAACGAAGCUGCCGAAGUUCAAAAUGAUGAUGAAAUGGUAUCUCCAAAUUUGGUGGGAGUCGUUCAUGACAUCUUGUUGGUUGGCGAAUAUCUUAAACAAAACAAAGAAAAAGUUCUUGUUUGUUUUGUUUUCGCUGUCGUUUCUGCUCUGAUUUUGAUACUUACUGCUUGUAUCAUUCAGAAAUGCUCUUCUGGAUCGAAGAGCAAAUCUCAACGAAAGCCUAAACGCGUCCGCUAUUCGAUUGAAAGAAGUCAACUUUUGGAUAAAGGAAGCCCUUAUUCAAUGCUAGGUGGUCCAUUAUCUCUUCCUGAAAUGGGGGACCCUGAUACUGAGACCUUUUUCCGAUAUUCAAUAUCAACUCCCCCGAGGUCAACUCAUUAUGAUUUUUAA